AUGAAAAAUAUGGGUCCAAACAAGAAAGAGAAGCACGACUUAAACGAUAUCGGCAUCAAAGAGUUCAAAUCGAGAAGGGCAGAGUACAUCCCGGUGCCGGUCGAAUUGCCCGAGGGAUAUCAAUUGGGCAAAUACAAAGUGAUGAAGCGAAUCGAAAGCGACACCGAAAUGAAUUGCAUCUGCGUGGUGCAGGACAAAAAGAAGGACGAGUAUGCGCUAAAGGUUGAACGUUGCAAUGAAAAGGAGCCAAUGUUGCGCACGGAACUCUUUGUUCUUCAACAAAUGGAGCAAGCCGGCAGCGAGAGGAAACACUUUUGCAAAAUUUUCGAUCGAGGUGCCAACAACGAUUUCAAGUAUAUCGUCAUCACACUCACUGGAAAGUCGUUACGAGCUAUACGAAAAGAGAGCAAAGAUCAACGCUUUUCAUUGGGAUGCGCGCUGUCGGUAGGUAUUCAAUGUCUCAAGGGUCUCGAGACGCUCCACGAGAAAGGCUUCAUUCACCGUAACGUUCAACCAUCGAAUUUCUGCGUUGGACGGGCUGAAUUAAAAGAACAUCGAUUGAUUUAUUGCCUCGAUUUUGGAUUCGCCCAUCAAUACAAGACAAAAGAGGGGAAAGUGAAGCCUAAACGCGAAAAGCCGUACACUUAUCGUGGAAGCUUGAGACAUGCCUCUAGAAACUGCUAUAAAGGUGAGGAAUUGGCAAGGGUGGACGACUUGGAAAUGUGGUUGUACAUGGUUGUCGAGUUCUCAAAAGGAUCUUUGCCAUGGAUGAAUGAAAAGAAUCCAAAAGAAGUUUAUGAAUGGCAAGAAGUGGCACGCAAAGAUUUUGGAAUCAGACAACUUUUUGGGGGACUUCCAGUCGAGUUCGUUGAAGUUAUGAGCCAUAUCGAUGGGCUAAAAUUCGUGGACACCCCCGACUACAACAAAAUCUACGGACUCCUACAAAAUGCCUUAUGUGUCAAUGGACUUGAUGAAUUCCCGUAUGAUUGGGAAGAAGACAAGCCGAAACCAAUGGCCGCAAAUGAUGUAAAGGAUUCGGCUGAAAAUGCUGCAAAGGCUGAAAAA